AGGAACAAGGAUGAAUCAGUCUCAAUCUGCGACAGUGUUACUGCUUUGUCCACGUCGCACCGUGAAUCCUUCCAAUGUUGUGCUAAGCCUUCAAAUAGCGCGGUAAGCUCAAGCAGCCCGUUUAUUUACCUCCGCUCUCUCUUGCACUCUCCCUUGCAUUUCGUACGAACUCUAAGACGACUGUAAUCAUUCGAGGAUCGGCCUCACCUUUGCGCUUCAGCAUGGCUACUUCUACGGCUUUCCUGCUUUUUGCUGCUUUCACCACCGCAGUCGUGGCCCGCACCGACCUCACCGGCUGCACAUCUACCGACGUCUCCUCUCCGGCCGGCGCCAGCAUCGCUUGGGUCGUUCCUGGCACCGGCGAGAUCUGUGCUCCCUUGGACUGCGGCGGAGGGAGAGCGCCACCCAAGACCACUGUGCCAGGAUGCCCUCUCUACACCGGCACGGCAGCAUACUCUCCGUCUUACCUGGCCGGCUAUGCGACUGCCACGGCCACUGCAGCCAGUACAACACGCGGCUGGAGUUCGAGCCCUGGUUGGAAUACCUGGGGGGUAGAUAGUGCUAGUACGAGCGCAAGCUGGACGGCUUGGCAGACCAGCCGUGCCAGUCCGAGCGCUAGCUGGAGCGCCUGGGAGACCGAUAGCGCAUCUUCAAGCUGGGAUCUAUACGUUGCCUCAUCAAGCUGGACGUCAACCUCGGCAUGGGCUUCGAGCCAUGCAGGAAGCGCGACGAGAACACCUCUCAUCUGCGCUAUUGGCACCAGCUGCUCCACAACGUCCACGAGCACGGAUGUGUGGUCAAGCAGCACUUCGACAGCCACGCCUUCGUCCGCCAGCUCUUCGUGGGCUGCAAGCAGCGAAGCAUCAUCAGCCAGCACAUCAACAAGUACGGGGCUUACAAGCGCAUCUUCAUUCGCAACUGCACCCUCGGUGACGACAGCGGCAGCUCAGGUACCCGCCACUUCCGAAAGCCGCACUACAACAAGGGCAACAACGACGCCAAGCUCGGCGCCAAGCACCGGCGCGGCAUCGGUUGUCGCGCAGACUUGGGUGGGUUGGGUCAUGAUUGCCGCUCUAGCUGGGUUUGCAGCGCUGUCGUAAUUUACGGAACUUACUGCACAACGUAAUUUAUGCCGCCAGAUGUUAAUGAAGCUGAUCACGGCGAUCACGUCGGGACUUUUGCGAUCGAUUGCUGGCAGCGUGGUGAUAGCGUCGUGCCUGCGACGCAGUCCGAGCACUGUAUGGUGGAAGCACUGCACAGUUGAAUGAGCCCAAUGUCCGCAAACAUCGGCGCUAGAUAUAACAUGUAUGUAUCUGCAUUGAUACCGUCAAGGAACCGAUUGUCUUCGUG